GACAAGUCUUGCUAGAUGACGUUGUUGAUGACCACGACCACAAAAUCUCUCCAUGACUGCAAGUAAGUUGCCACUCAGAAGGCGUUUUGCUCGAUCCAGAGGAGCCUGUGUCGAGAACGUUUCAAAGCGUGCACGAAACCAACACUAAGCGGAUGGCAGAGCUUUGAUGAUAGGCAGGGUCGAAGGAUUGGGCCGAAGGUGAGAUGGUGAGCUUACCUGUGUCGUUGGGUGAGGUUUCAACAACUCUGAGCUUGAUGUGGACCUCGAGGAUUUGUUCUCUCGCGGUAGUCCUUCUCGUUUUCGGACUCAUCUCACUCAGCGCAUUCUACAACACUCUUAAUUCAACGAAGCCCGCUAUGUAUAAAAUCUCUCUGGAUUCUACUUCCGCGACUUCCUCACACAAUUCGUUCGCGUCCGAUUCCAAUUCCUCGUGUUUCUGCCCCCAGUCUUCAGCUAAGUCUCAUGGAUCUCAGCGUCCUAACCACAUGUGGGAGAUGCAAUCACUGCGCCAUGUGACGGUAGAGGAGGCCUACUUUCAGAGGAUGCGCGUUGUAGACGUUUCUCAGAUAGAGCAGAGAGUUGUACCGAAGCAGAUGGGAAGCUUCAAGAGUCGGUUUUUGCCGAAUGACAACUUCAUGGAGUUUCCCAUUCUGGCCAUGGAGAAUGUCUGCUUAGAUCCCAGUGGAGCUCUUGUGCUAGUGGAGACCAGCACAGAAGAGAUUAUGCCCAACAUCUCGGGACUUUCGGCGAUUCCUGAACUGUAUUAUCUGUGGAAUGAAAUUUACAACUGCACUGGGAACAUCAGCACCGAUCACUGCGUGGGAGUGACAUUCUCCGAGAGCCUUCCUCCGGAGCACAGCUACAUCCCGGGCAACACAGCACACUUCUUGGCCUACAUCGGUAACCCUAUGCACAACUGGGCCGAGCGCACCUGGCCAUUCGUCAUGGCAUCUUCGCCUCCUAUCCAGUCCACGGUUCCGUAUCCCAUCCAUCACUACAUAAUCCACAGGUUUGAUAAAUGGCUGUACGAAAGCCGGUGGCAACCCGAUCGUGCUCAGAUGCUGUGGCAGUUCAGAAUGCUGAUGGAAAUUUCUGGAGAUGUUUCGCCUGGCUAUCUGAUCGUGAGAAAUCAAACCAAACCGGUUUGCUUUCAAAAGCUGUUGCUUCAGAUGCAUUCGAGAGAUCGUAUCGACGAAACUAGACUUCCUGUCGACAUAGCCGGAGCUGGACUGAAGAAGUACCGGGAGGCGAUUUUCAGGUUUUUCGGGAUCCCUCGACCACCGCAAGUGAGACUGCCUCCGGAGAAGCUACGAGUCCUCUUCUACGGGCGCAAUGAUACCUCAAGAAGAAGAGUGCGAAAUUCCGCCGAUGUCAUCAACUUUUUGCGGGGUUUUACAAGGCCACAUUUGGAAGUGAGAUACCUGGACGAGAUGCUGGCCAGCGGCCAGACCAAUUACAGCUUCCCGGAAGUAGUCAGACUUUUCACACAGACGGACAUUCUCGUCAUUGCGCAUGGAGCUAACACCUGGGCCACCUUCUUGCUUCCAGACGGAGCUGGGGUGGUAGAAAUUAUCGGGCCUUGCAACUGGAGUUCAUACAAUUACACAGAUCUCAGCGCUGUCCACACCUGGAUGCAUGUCAAUGCAGCUGCUUGCAAGUUGAAGCACGAUCUGAGCAACCCUUUCGAAGAAGUUGUUCCAAACAUCGAACGAGGAAACACUACAGAGUGCUUGAACCCUUAUAAUGGCGUCCCGGACUAUACCAUCGACCUCCGCAAGUUAGGGGAUAUCAUUCAUUCCUUUGCCUACCCAGACCGACCCGGAGAUCACUUAACACAGCACUGGUUAUAUGACUGGGACCAUCCUCCGCCGUGAAGGAAGGUUUGAUUUGAACGACGCAUGCUUCUUUCAGGCUUAAUCUGAGGCAUCGAUCGCCUCACCUUCUGUUUCGCAAUUCGGGAGUCUCCUGGAGCUGGUUAGGGCUCGGAAGCUCUAUCUAGUACGAGGCCAGCCAAUUGCAGAGUUCUAUGCAGGGUGGCCUCUAAUCUUUGCGACUGAGCCACACAAGAGUAAACCAGCUUUUCUGUCAUAAACUUUCAUAAACAGAGAGUUCGGAUCCGUGAAAUUAACAUUAAGACAUCCAUUUGUUGAUUCCAGCGUUACUUCCUUUGCUCUUCAUCUGACGUUUAUCAAGAGGAUAUCAAGAUUGCUCAUCCAAAUUCUCAAAAUCGCUCUGAGCUCGAUUCCCUCCUAAGUUGGGGACGGGUGUACGUGUUACUUCAGCAUGGAGAGAAGUGCACUGACCGGAUCGACAAUGCAGGCUGGUGCCCAUUUUCCUUCACUAGGCUCUGGCAUCCAUUUGCAGACAUGAGACUCGCCGCUGGCUCUCGUUGAAAAGCAGGGAUUUUAAAUUUACUUCGCACACUGCUUCAUAGCGAAUCUCUGUCAUUGAAUCUCUGGCUUGCAUCAGGAAUCGAUACUGUCGGUACAAGACUGAUCAAAAAUCUUUUCCGCGGUGACUCGUCAUAUACCUAGAUCUCUCCACGCUUCUCCACGGACGCCAUUUCUCGGACAGGCUAUCUACGAUACGCGGAAUGCUGUGGAAAUGAUUGGAGGACUUCAGUGUAGCUUCUGUCACCAAUUACGAAGAGCUGAUUGUGCCGACAAGUGCCGCAGGUGAUUGCUGACAGAUAUUCCCUCGCACUGUUGCAGAACCAGCGAUGUAAAAUUAAGUGCCAACAAUCAUCAAAUUCAGUUAAACAGAACCUUUCUCUGCAGAAACCAUCUCUAACGAGCAAUGCCGAAUCGCCGAACCGAACCUCUUCGGCCCAAGGGGCACUUCUUUGCCUUUACGGGUCCUCUGGCCAGAAAUGGCAUUCCAUAAUCUCUAAAAUAUUCUCCCAUAGCACAACCUGAGUAUGGUGCCAGGAAUUGCAGAGUAGCUGGAUCCGAAGCAGUGGCUGCUACAAUAAUGGAAUAUUCUAAAGCACCCGCUUCUGAAAGCAGUUGGAGCCUCGGCCCGGGCUGGGAUGCAAGUCAUUUGCAUGCAUCGACAUUUUAAAUGAAUUAAGAUGGAAUUGGUCAAGAUCACCUGCGAGUGCAGAUGUCAAGACAUACCUGCCAAAGCCCUAGGACAUGUAGUUCGUUGGGAUCGGAAGUGGACGGUUCGGUAGCCGAAGCUGCGUGAAGAGAAGCUCGCAAAUCUGAAUGCUGGGAGACCUCACUCGAGAGUCAUACAAGUGCCAAAAACAUAAGAAGCCCUAUUCAAAGAUUUGGCGACGGCCUUACGAGGGACUAAUUAAUUUUAGGUUUUGUCAUGUCGCCCUUCUACUGGUUCAGCCCCGGCCCCUGAGUUCUGUCAGACUGGACGAGCCGAUCGAGCCAGGCCUCUGAAAAUAGGAGGUUUUGGGCACGAAGUCUUGAGGAACGAAAUUUGCGGGUCUGCUGAUGGGAGAUGGCUCAUUUCAGGCAUGGUGGGAGGGCAUCGUGAAGAGGGUAUUGUGUGGAACUAGACAAAUGUGCAGUGUACGAAUCGUAUGAACCAUUGGUACAGUGAGCCCGCACAUCAGUGCGGCUACAGAUCCCUCAUUUUGCGCUUCCAAAGCUCGGAUCUUAUCGUAGACAUUGGUCGUUAGGGCCCUUGCAUGGCCUGGUUGUCUGUUUCUUUCGGCCGCUUCUCCCGACUGACCUCUGAACUCGCAGCUGACACCACUUAGUAUGUAGGGACCUCUUCUUUGAAUUCGACCCCCAGGGCUCGCCCACGGACUGAUCGGUCACAUCCAGGAGAAAGGAAGUCGAAGGAGUGGCCCAGCUCUGGAUUCUGGAGAAUUUCUUCUUCCGCCGUAGAGCAGGAGCCGGAUAUGGAGGAUGAGAGACAGGCGAAGGGCGCGGGCCUGAAGUUGCAGAAGGAUGUCGCCAACAUCGGCGCAAUCGACAUCAUCGGAGCAUCGAUGAAAAUAUUCGAGAACCAUCAUAAAGAGCUGGUUUCUCUGUGGUCUCAAUUUCUUCUGAUUCUCAGUAGCAUAGUGUAUUCCGUAAAUUUUUUCGUAAUCCUCCUUUUCCUAGACCAAGAGCUCCCCCUUCCGAGUAAAACUCAAUAUCAAAACUUUCUGCCGGCAUCGACAUCCGCUGUCUUUGAAAACAGAGCCCCAAUUUCUGCACUACCCCUGUUCAUCGCCGGAUUCGGUUUGAUUAGUGUUGUGCUAUCUCAGUGGCAGUGCAGUUUCGUUUCUCUCGUCGGGCGAAUUUACAGUGGCGAGGGCGUGACCCGGGUGGCGCCUUUUCGGUUCUUAGAGCUCUUGCAAACUGAGUUGUGGACGUCCUCGAUCGUGUAUGGCGCUUCUGCCGUGCUCAUGUUGUCGAUCAGGUUUCUGGCUCUGAGCUUCUACCACAGAUGGAGCUGGAUGGUUGCUCCGAUUGCCUUGUUCAGCGUCGUUGCUUCAACAGCCGUAUUGCUCGCAGUUGUGCUGGUGGCUCAAUUAGCCACAGUCAUCAGUGAAAUGGCAAGCUGCUGUAUGGAGGAAGUUUCUGGGCGAGCUGCGUUGACGAAGGCCGUGGCGGUCUUGAAGGGCAAGUGGAGGGUGGGCCUGGGCGUUGCUGUAAUAUAUUGCGGGGGAAUGUUUCUCAUGGGAUCGAACCUUCUCCGCCCCCGAUCCUCUGCUGGUUUCGGGACUAGAUUGCUGUUUUCAUCGUUUGAAAUUUUGUUGAUUUCGAUGUGGAGGCAGCUGACCUUCCUGUGGUGGUCCGUCCUCUACGUCUCGUGCAGAGCCUUCCACCACGAUUACCUUGAUGUGUACGCUCUCCAUCCGGACAAGGAAAGGAUUGGGAGCGGAUCAAAUGAUUCUCUGCUCUGAGAGUGUCUGUUUUCUGUAAGAUUAUUUCUGUUAAAUCUAGCCAUUCUUCAAUCCAGCU